CUAAUGGCGAAAUGGAAAAUGGCCCAUCAAACCAGGAUGUUUUCCCGGAGGAGAUGCAAAACCUGUCACGGCAGAGAUCUCUGAAAGAACAAGAGGAGGAACUGGUCGAGGGCAUGAUGUCCGGCUGGACGAGCAAUGGUACGAGCCGGAACCGCGAGCAGCGGCGGUCCAAGGGGAAAGAGCACUGCGCCCACGCGGCGAUGCUGUCGAAGGAGCAGGCGGAACAUAGCGCGGAGUUGGAGCAUUCGUUAGAAGAAAUGCGCGAAAAUCUGGACAACGCCCGGAGGCAGAAGCGCUCGAAAUCCAAGGAGCAUUGCGUCGACGCCCAAAGGCUGAGCAAGGAUUUAAGCAGCAAGGAUUCUACGAUGAAUCGCGAAUUGGAACAGUUGAGGCGCGAAGUGUCGUCAAGUAUUGUCGAUUUGUUUACGGGCCGUACCUCCACUUGUGUUAGUUGCAAAUUGCAUUUUUGCUUGUGCCUCUUGCACUGUGCCGACACGGACACAAACUCAAAGCUAUGCGAAUGAAAUUUUCCGAACGACAGGUCGCGAAAACAGCCGCGCCGAGCAAGGAUCCAACGGGAAACUGCAAACAAGGAAGAAUAAAAUCAUUUGCAAACAGCAGAACCGCGUUUUGCACCCGAAGCUACCGGAUCAGGAGAUUCCGCAAUCCGCUCCGACCGUGAGCUCCUUCAUCGCCGAGCACAACAAAACCGAAGAUGACAAGUGGUGCGAAAACGUGUUGCAAGUAGACCACACAGGACAACUACCGGAUGACAGCGCGACCGGAGAGGAGGAUGCCGAGAUCGCUGAUCGGUACUCAUGAUGUACUUCUAAAUGUACAUUUUGUCUAGUGCUGGGAGAUGCACGAAAGGAGAUCCGGAAUAGGGGAAGGGCCCGUGGUGCCGUUGGUCGGGGAGGUGCCACAACAUGAAUGAAAUAACUGCACUCACUACAAGAACCAAAUCAAUUUGCAUUCAACAGGUACUGCAUGUCCAUGUCUAUGGACGCAAAGGAGUGGAAAAAGCGGGACGCAGAGAUGAAGCGAAAUCCGGUGGAAGAGUGGAAACUGAAGCAGAAACUGAACCUCGAGUUGGACCCGAAGCAACUUGGCAGGAAUGUGGAGGACACGGUGUGUGACUUCAAGAAAAAGAAACAGAACAAAACAGGAAAACUCAUGUCCAUGUCGAAAAAUAACGGCUUAAAGGCGAAGAAAAGGCACGAGCAGGAGCAUCAGUCUUUACCUCCCCGUGCAGCUGCGCAAACGAGUACCACCGGGAAAAUCACCACGCUGCUCGAAACAUCUACUUCGGACAUUUUCAGCACUACAUCUCCGGUCGUUAGCAAGGGCAGCAAAAAUAAAUCGUCCAAGACCAAAUCCGCGUACUUGGCCUCGACCGGGGUGGACACUAGUGCUGUGGGAAACAAGAAGAAAAAGAAAAAAACUAAAAUGCUGGACUCCAUGCGGGACCGGGCCUCGGAUUUGAACACAAGUUUCACAUUUUCCGAGGCAGAAAGGUCCACAGACUGGGACGAGAAGAAGGAGCUCGGGGCAUCCAAGAAAAAAACUUUGCUAGUGUAAAUUUGUGAUGCGGAACAUACAAGAUGAUUGCGUCUGUCAUGCUGGGCAUGCAUUGUAGGGUCCACUAAAGGGCGUUUUCCCGUACUAUCUGCGCAUGACAGGUUUUUGCUGUCAUGCCAGACAAAUUUGUAGUGCUGUUCCUCCAAAAAAGUUACACCUACAAUGUUUUUUUCUUGGAUACGGGGACAGCGUUGUGUACUCCUACCAGCUGGCGGCACAGAUGUUCUACUUGCUGGCGCAGGUGGAU